AUGCCGCCAUUUGAUCAUUCCAUUCCGAGUGUGUUACAUCAAUCCGCAGUUCAAAUACAAUCCACAUGGAGAGGUCAUUACACCCGAAAGAAGAUUGUAGAUUGGGCCAUGAAGGAAUUUGAGAGUGUUGUGAGAGAAGUUGAAGGAAAACAUUCGGAUGUUGUAUGGAAGUCUUCAUCAUGUCACGGAAUGAAAAUACCUCAAGUGAUCAAUACAAAAUUAAGCGAAGAUGAGAGUGAUUUGGAAAAGAUCAUAACGAGUUUGAUGAGUAAUAAGCAAGAAAAUGCAAAUAUUUCAUCGAAUAGCACUAGUGAAGGAAAAAACAAAAUAAUUCCUUCACCCACGAGAGACAACAAACACGAAAAUGCUCACACCGAUGAAAACGAGUAUAUACCAAGUCCUAAUGUUGUUUCAAACUCGUCACAACAGCAAACGAGUGCUUUAACAAACACUUCGACGAGUCAAAAAUCGUCACAAUCGACUCAAUCCUCCAUCACACAAACUGAGAGUCCUCGCACAACAUCUUCCUCUUCAAAUACUUCACUACUAUUGGAAGAUUCAUCAAAAACAACUCACUCAACCAAAGAACAAGAAAUUCAAACAGAUUUAUUGUUGCGAGCCUCCUUGAAUAAUUUUUCUCUACCAAAAACAAAAGAAUUGACAACCGUCUCAACCAACACAAGCAUUGAUGUCAAGACUUUGAAUCCAUCAUUUACCAUCAUUCCUGAAAAAUCCCUCAAUAACCAUAAUGAAUCACGAAACUUGAUCACACAAGAGUUGUUGAAUACAAAUACAUCACAAUCGUCAACGAUAAAUGCCAGUUCGCUUAAAGAGAUCAAUGGUGAAGACCAUGAGGAUGACGAAUUUAACAGCUCAAUAAUGUGUGGACUUGACAUGCUUAAAAGUUUUGAUUUAUCGGAAUUCAACAAGAAUCAGUCUACUUUAUCUCAGCACUCAUCCCGAGUUGACUUUCCUUUUAGGAACAGACAGGAAAAAUCCAUGAUCAUGAGCAACAGUGGAAACAAAAAUCAUGGUGAAUCCUCCUCAUAUUUUCACACUCCAUCUUUCGAACCACAAGCAAACCAAUCUAAUCUUUCCAUCCAAUCACAAAAACCAGAGAAUUUUGCAUCAAAUGCUUCUUCUUUCAAUCAUUUCCCUUCCCAGAGCUCAUCUCGAGAAAACAAUCUACCUCAAAAUUCCAAGGAUGAUGCUCUGCAAGUAAGUAAAGAAAGACCAAACGCAGAGGUGGAACAAGAAAUAUCUCAGCUCAAGCUCGAAUUAGCAAGAGCUGAGGAGGCUUACUUGAAACGAAAAAAGGAAUUGAUUGAAGCAUACUCAUUGAGUCGAGUUCGAUAG